UUGGUAUUACUAGGGAUAUUUUAUUAAAAAUGAAAAAUCUUGUUACAGAAUAAACAUGUCUUGUAAUAGAAACAAAUAUAUUGGUGUAACAUGGAAGAAUCUAGAAAUUAGUUGACUGUAUCUUGGUAUCACAUGGAUUUAUCUUGUCAUAAUGCAUAUGUCUUGAUAUCUAAUGAAAAUAUCCUGGUAUAACAUGAAAACAUCUUGGUUUUAUGUGAAAUCCUCAUCAUUAAACACAGCAUCGUUUCACUGAUUCCUCUCCCCUGGUGUGGCAGUAAUUCGCUGCCGUACAUCAUGAAACAUAAUAAAUAAUAAAAUAACAGUGAAGAGAAGAGGAGAGGAGGAGGAAGAGGAGGAGGAGCGGAUGGAUGCCAGCCUGGGAUCAUCCACCAACAUCUCCACCACCGACAACAACCCUCCUCCGAGUGGGACCAGCUCCGAGUUCAAUCAUUAUUAUGGGAAUGGAAGAGGAGGGCCUGGCUUUGAUCAACAUGGCGGACAACAAAGCGCAGGGACUGGGGUAACAGCGGCUCGAACAGUACACAACACCAUGGAUCAGGUUCAGAACUCCCACGAAGGCUAUAAUAACAACAGCCCGUACAACCACUACCCAAACUACCGACCCGGCUAUGGGAGCGGUGGCUACGGGGCCAUGAUGAGUCCCUCACGACAGGGAAACAGCCUGACAGGCCCGGGCAGCGGCAGCAAAGCGGGUAUGACUGCUACCAGUUCCCCGGCUGGAGGCGGAGGAGGCAGCGGGAACAGCGGAGGAUAUCAGCGGUUCCCCGGGCAGAGUCAGCAGCAAAUGCACCCCUCUGGAGCAACACCGACAUUAAACCAGUUAUUAACGUCUCCUAGCACUAUGAUGCGAGGUUAUGGAAGUGGAUAUCCUGAUUACAGUAAUCCGACUGCACAGCAGCAGCCGAGCCUGGGGCUGGCUAAAGACAUUGGCUCCCAGUACGGCUGGGGAGGACAACAAAGAAAUCACCCGAGCAUGAGCCCAGGGAAUAACGGACAGGGCAGCGGCAGGACCCAGGUGAAUAACGCACUGUUAAACUACACUAUGUGGCUGUUCACUCGUGAAAAAAUCCCCUGGCAAACGACAGACAGUCAUCUGAUCAAAGCUAAUUCACUAGCCUACGUUAUAUCACUCACCUAGCCGCUAUGCUAAGCUAAAUAGCAAACGUCAGUUACCGUAUGGACGCACUGUCAGCGAACCGACGCGCGAACGAAUUCGUCCCCAUUCACUGUCUGUUACAAGCGGUUGACGCUCUCGUCAAGCGAACCUUGCAGGCAACAUCGCAUUUUACUAACCUUUCCCCCUAGCUAUAUUCUAAUAAUUCAUUUUCAGAUAAAGUUGGUACACCGUUGAGUCAGAUAUCCCCGUGAGGGGAAGUGGGGGUUGGAAAGACUUAUAAAUUUACACAAACGGGUAGCAAACGCGGCGAGGCGUUUGUGAAUUUCAGCGAACUAGAUGCGUGCAGUAGGUCCGCACCGUUAGCCUGCAUUUAAGUACUAAUCAAAUACUCGGAAUUCCUAUGUGUGGAAGUUGUUUCGUGAAAAUCGAUGAGUUCAGAGCUCUGAGUCGUAAUGUAGACAUAUCACGGAAGCUUUAAAAAUAAGUCUGUUUUUAUUUGCCUUUUUGUUUUCAAUGUUUCAUUAUAUUGACAAGGAAAACUGCGCAUCAUCAUAGGAGAACAACAUACAGAUGCUGGCGUUUAAAAUGCACUUUUUUACCCCAUAGAUUAAAAGCGAAGAUAUAUUUUGUCAAAUGUGUAGAACUUAUGCCAUAGCAGACGUGGACUGACAGUUUAUUUUUUUCAGGUAAAAACACUUUGUGGUAGUCGUAUUGAAAAUUUCCAAAUGUACCGUUGUGUCCUGAAUGCAGCCUUAGCUUGUAGGCUAGGUGUGUUUUUUUUAUUCCACUGCAGAGAAGCGUAAUAAAUAUAGCAUAACCAUUUACAACAUCAGCUUGUUUUGACAAUAACGUGCCCACAUACGUUAUGGUGAAUUAAACCCUCUCUAUAUAUCUAUAAAUGGCGUCUGUAUGAUUUAAAAGCAGAUAAGAAAGUUUUAAUUCCGUGUCCAAGGUGACACCGUUUUAAGCAUGCUAGGCUAAGCUCAUUGUAGCUCCUGUUAGCCGCAGAGGCCUGGAGAAGCUGUCUGUUUUUCUGAAGUCAGCUGUGUAUCUAAAACACCGUGUUGCACACGGUUACCCUUAUCUUAUGUUUCAUAAAGAAAUAAUAGAUAUUGGGCCUCUGAGGAGAAGCUAAUAUUAGUGCGCUGGACUAAGUGAAGUUCGCUUCUCUCUGAGGCCUGCGGGGCUGUAGUUAUCCAGAAAAGGAGUAUUGUACUGUAAAAUAUUAAGUGUAGACUUAAUUUAAUUUGUAUUUGAGUCAUUGAGAAAUAUAUGGAAGCCCUAAGUAGAUAUACACCCAUAUAUUUGUUUAUUCUGUAUCCCAUGGUAGACAAAAAUAUCUACAGAUCAUAACUCUAUAUUUAAACUGUCUAGAAUCUUUAGAAUAUUUUUGCAAAAUAAUGAGGAAGAAUAAACUGUAAUAUUGCUGGACUUGAUAUAAGCUCUAUUGAUCUUUGACACUAACCAAUUGCCUCUCACAUGCUAAUUCUCUCAAUUGAAGUCAUCUGAGGUGUCUCAAGCUACUAAGUAGUUUCCACAGAUCCUGUUUGCCUCUGUGUCAUGCUAAUAGACCCCAUGCCGAGAGAACAAACAGUGUGUGUGUGUGUGUGUGUGUGUGUGUGUGUGUGUGUGUGUGUGUACUGCUCCUUUCAGUCUGUGAUCUAGCCUUAACUUUGUUGACAGAGAGCCCAUUAUUGGCCCCAUCUCCACACAGAGCCCUGACCUUCACACAUGCAGAUUAGCCAUGUGCCCAUUACCACCAGCAUAACACUGAGGCUAAAUAUUCCUCCUGCUCUUCCAGCUGCUGCUCCCCCACCCCACCCAACCCCUCCACACACACACACAUAGCAACUCACAUCUGCAAGUGACUGCAUCACUCACCUGUCUGUUUUACUCAAUUACAGGGACAUAGGGGACAGGGAUGCAGACCUUUAAGGAGCUGAUGUCACAGCUGCUUCACAGUAUUAGCUGGAGGAAAAACAAAGUAAAACUUGAAGUGCCACUUCAGGGUAUUAGCAACAUGGAAGAGCUGGGCGGAUUUUUAAUUUGAUUACAAUUUGGGGGUCCCAGGAUAAAAAAAAUGAUACUAAUCAAUACUGAAUGAUAUUAUGAUACCUGCUUUAUUGCCCCUUUAGUUCCUAUACAUUGAAUGAAGUGCACCCUCCUCUCAAACAGCUCUCUCUAUCAGCUCUCGCUUUUACAUCAUCAUUACUAGUCCAGAUUGGUGUGCAAGGUGUGAGGGAAUUGUAGAUUCGAUGUGGUCUGCUUCAUCUUCAACUUGUGCUAUAGCGGUAAAAACUAUCAGGCAGCUACAGGUGAAGAGAGGAGAGCAGGGAGAGGAGCAGGAGUAGGCAGGUGUGUGUGUGUAUGUCUAAAAAGCCAAGAGACAGUGUAAGCAUAACAACAAAGAGGAUUUAGUGAUCACAAGCGUGGAUGAGCUUGAACGUAGCAUUUGCCAAGUUACAUCUGCGACAUCAGUCUGCAUCAUAACUAAAAAUAAUCCUAAUCUUGGCAUUACAACGACACAGGUCAGAAAAGGUUGACUUUUAGUUUGGAUCUGCAGUCUGAUAAAGUGUGAGAGGUGACAGAGCUCAGAUCCUUAAGUUUGUAAUAAUAGUGUAAAAUUCCUUCUCUACCACAAAAGAGUCUGCCAUAGUGAUCUUACUAAAGUUAAGUCAAAGUUCUUAAAAUGAAGUGAAGAAUUGAAAAAUGGAACAGCAAAGAUGUCCGCACAUCUGUCUGUUUAUAUGUAGCUUUAAUACAAAUGUAAAAACUGUCAUCUAAGUGUCAGCCUCUGCUGCUGCUUCCUCCAUCAUACUGUGAACACUACACUGAUUCUGAAAUAACAGAAUAAUAAUACAUUUUAUUUAUAAUACUUUCCAUCUGAGAAACAGAUCUCAAAGUGAACACAGUAAAAGGCAAUAGUAAAAACAACAAAUAGAAAUAACAACAGUCAGAAUAUAUAAUCAACAGUCAGAAUAUAUAAUCAGCCCAGAAAAGCUGUUCUAAAAAGGCAGGUCUUUAGUCCUUUUUUAAAAGCAUCCACUGUCUGUGGAGCUCUAAGGUGGUCAGGAAGGGCGUUUCUCAGACGGGUAGCAGCAGUCUCAAAGGCCCUGUCGCCCGUGGUCUUGAGCCGAAUCCUGGGCGUGUGCAGACGGUGCAAUUGGCCUGAUCAGGUUCUGGCUGAGGUGUGCUGCCUGAAACUUGUUCACCCACAGAGAAGACUUCACACUGUCAGGGACAUGUGUGAACAAGCAACUAUGGAAAAUUUCAGAGCAGAACUCCUGAAAAUUUCCAGAAUUUUUCAGGCUCUGAGGUUUUGAUUAAAUGCUACAUAUGUCCUGCCAGUUUGAGAAGUUUUUGUUCAUGCUGAUUAAUUUAAUCCAGCUGUCAGAUAUGCUGAGUGUCACCGUCUCCUCUUCCUGUUUGCACCAGGAUUAUUGUUCGUCGGUACCUUUGCAGCUCCUGGAUGUUUGCGUGUCUGGACACGUUGGAGUUUGUGUGUGUUUGCUUCCUCCUGUGGCUGACUGAUGUAAAUGUGUCAGUUGUGAGAUUAAAGAGGAGGAUUAAAUGUCUGCAUCAUUUGUUAUGAGGAAAUCCCAGAAAUAGUUUCUAUUUUUAGCCGUCUGAGCAGCAGCGAACAUCUGUUCUCCCUGAGUCACUUCUCUCACCUACUAUUAUGUCACUGUGUCAAACUGUGUGUGUGUGCGUGCGUGCGUGCGUGCGUGCGUGCGUGCGUGCGUGCGUGUGUGUGUGUGUGUGUGUGUGAGCGUGCGUGUGUAUGUGUGAGAGUGUGUGUGAGUGUGUGAAUAUUAAAGCGUACCCAGGCGUGACUGUUGACUCUGGUUUAGAGUGGCCUCCUGGGCGUUUGGAUUGCUCACAUUUUGUCUGCUUCACUUGAAUCCUUUCUGACGGGAGACUUUGGUCUCAGUUGUAUUUUUUUCUGACUGAAAACACUCAAAGACCCACCUGACUCUGACUGAAGUGCAGAUCAGCCCGUGAUGUUUUGCUGUCCUUAAACCUGCGGAGAGGAACUGCUUUUGACAAAGUGGGGCUGAUAUUGCAAAUAGUAUUAUCAUGUUUUUUUUUUAUGUGUUUGAAAAUGCUGCCAGCUCCUACAGGGAAGAUGUUUUACAAAGGAGAUUAUUCAUAUUGGCUUAAUCUUUAUCUGGCAGUAUCUUCUGUUCUUGACUGAUAGAAGAUUUCAGCUGCUCAACAGUCAUUUCUGGUCCCCUCUCUCUUUAGAUGAGGAUUGGACAUCCAUGAUUUUCAAAAAGCCACAAAUAAUGUUCAGAACAGCACCUAACUUCAUCAACAGUACAUAUAGGGUCCCAGCAAUAACACUAGCCACCAAACAUCUUUUUACAGACUGUGGGGUUACGCAGCUCAAGGAAGAACAACUAUGAUUGUUUCUUCAUGGAAAUGCAAUCAGACUGAGACGUUAAGGCAGAAGAACUACUGCGUCUGCAGUGCAAAAUGUUUAAUAUGAUGAUUAUUACUUUAAGGAAAUGAGAAGUAAUGAUCAUAAUUGUUUCCUUCCUUGAACUGCGUCACCUCACUGCAGUCAGUGAUGGACUCGUCCAAGGUCUUCCUACAAACAAGUGGCUGAUGAAGGAGAGUGAAUGAGUUGUGUUUAGUCUCUCUGCUAGAGAAAACAGUCAAAGCUAAAAAGUAGUUUGGAGGCUAGUACUAUGGCUGGGACCCUAUAUUGUACUGUUGAUGAAGUUAGGUGCUGUUCUGAACAUUAUUUGUGGCCAUAGAGUGGCGUUUUGGUUGAGGUUUGUGUGUGGAUCCAUAGACUGCUGUGUAUUGCUAUUGUGUGGUCAUCACUUAAGUUGGUAUAACUAGAGAAACAAGCGGCUAGCAACAUUCAUCUCUCGAGGAGGUGUCUUACUCGGUGUUACGGUGUGUUUGACCCUAACCUAAUUUUAUGCUGGAAUAUCCCUUUAAGCUUUAACACCAGGAGUAAAAAGUGUCUGAUCUAUGUGUUAUCUCUCACCAGGUGGCAUCCAUGGACCCCAUGGCCAUGAAGCGCUCGCAGCUUUACGGUAUGGGCACCAACCCGUACUCCCAGCAGCAACAGCAGCAGCAGCAGCAGCAGGGGGCUCCGUACACUGGCCAGCCGUAUGGAGCUCCCCCUCCCCACAGAUACCCGAUGGGGAUGUCCAACAGAGGGCAGAUGGGGAUGGGAGGGAUGCAGUACCCUCAGCAACAGGUAGGAAACAUGGUCUGCAGAUGUUGCUGAAACCCAGCGUUGCUGUAAUGGAUACUGUCUUCAAGAGGAGAUGAAGUUGAUUUUUGGGGCUCUAAUAGAUGAUUCUGUCAAAGAAGUGUUCCAGCUUGCAGACUGAUGGGUCGACUUUAACUCAGGCUGUUUUUGAGGCUUUCAAGGAAAAAUGGAACAUACAGAACUUUAGUUUCAGGCUUUAGGGCAUCUGCGGGAAUAUAAACGAUGAUAGGUUUUUACAAUGAAGGGUCACAUGGACUCUACAUGAGGCAAAUUUGCAAAAUAGUGUUGCUUGGCACUAAUCUGUGUCUAUUUUCCUCUCAACAUUGACUUCUCAUGUGAUCACUUUGGCUCUGAACACCAUAAGAGAGUGUUUGUAUACCAUGAAGCUCCCUCGAGCUCUUUCUCAACGAUCACUGGUGGUAUUUGCUUUGCAGAAAUCCCCUUCCCAUCCAUGCUUGAGCUGGAAAAUCAGCAGUUGAGUGGUCGUAUUCUUGUUUGUGUUGGAGGAGUUUCAGCUCAGUGUUGGUGCUGCCUCCUCCCUGAAUCUGCUCGUCUUCAUUGUUUUGAGAGUUUGAGCGGUGUGAUUGUUCCUGCUGAGUCACCGCCUCGUCACUGUGAACACACCGCUCUGAGGACAACAGAGCUGUUGUUGUUGUCAGACCACAUGGCCCUGAGCUGAGCCAGGCCGGGCCGGGUCAGGCUAUUUUCAGUGCAGACUGGGCUGAGUCUAUUUUUAGUCCACAGACUGCUGGUUUAGGUUUUACUGACGGCUGAUGCGUCAUGCACAAAAACGUGAAAUAGCUGUUUUGUUUUUUUUCAAACCAAGAGCGCUGGGAAGUCAGAACAAGAGAAGAAGAGUUGAUCAAAUAUACAAUGACUUUAAAUGAAAACAAAAGGAAUCAAAAUGUCAGAGGAAGAUUUCCAGCUGCAGCACAUGUGUCAGAUUAGAGGGAAAACAAAGAGUCUUCAGCCGAGGGGGCGAGUUUUCCCUCCGAAAAUAGGGUAAAGUUGAGGCAGCUGUACAUGUUGAGUGGUACAUGCUGUAUUCAGAACGAACAGUAAUAAUAACAAACAGUCAUGACUUCCAAUAGUGCACAGUUAUGGUGUAUUUCCCACUAAUCCAUUGCACCUCUGGUCAUUAACUUGACCCGCUUCCUCCCUCCCUUCCUGCUGUCCUCCUCUGACUUUGAUAGAAAGUUUGCACGGGCUGAUGAAAGAAGUAAGGGUGAAAGUUUCUUGCGUCUGCGUGCGUGCAUGUGCAGCUCACCCAGAAAGUUAGCAGUUUUGUACACGUUUGAAUGCACUUAUUUCUUAUCAAUUAGACAGUCACUGUGAUAAAAGUCUCAUCAGAAAAGUGUCUUUUUUAACCCCCAACAUCUCUCAGCUCGGUCUUUCAGACGCCGCAUUUAAACCGUCUUUGUUUUAUCUGAUCUUGCUGUGACUCGCCGUCUUCCACCUUCUAGUAAAACUGAUAUUGAAUCAAAUCUUUCGGAUCCUCGGCCUCUUUGUUCCUGCGGGUGUUAAGCAGAUUUCAGGAGGUUUUCUCAGACGUUAUCUCUGCUGCUGUAGAUUUCUCAGUUUUGUCCCCCAGAGCGUUUUCCUCCUCCUCACUCUGAAGUCGUCUGGCUCCCCGAAGCGUCCCGCAGAGCGCCGCUGUCACCGCUGACGCUGUUACAUCAUUACAGGUUGACAGACAAGUUGCCGGAGUUCAGCCUCGGGGAGUUUGUGUCGGUGUUGUCAUCUCUGCUCGAUGAAGAUGGCCGCCGAGGCAGAGGAGGAAACAUAAUGACUUUUCUGUGAGCGGGGCCCCAGGUGGCCCCCGGACUCAUCCUUUAUUAACUCUCUGAUUCCUUGUGAAAUUGGAUGUCGAGCGGUCGGCGUCUCCCUCCGAGCCGCUCAGAUUGAUUCGAGUUUCAGGAGGUUUCUCCUCCAGUCAACUUUCCGAUUACCGAGGAGCAUUUAGAGGAAGUUUUAAAGUUUCUACCCUGAACUGUUUUCGUCCCUCACUUAAAAGCAAAACUCAAAUUUAUGGCCCGCUUAAAGCAGAUUAUGACCUCUGAUUAUUAGAUUAUUCAGAUUUUUAGUAUGAACUCUCAAUCAGUUGAUGUCUGAGUCUGUCUCUGUCUGCAGAUGUGAGGCUGUCAGCUGCUUUCAUCACUCUGAUGUUACACCACAGUUACCGACAGUCUGAGGAGCUCAUGAGCAAGGCAGUUAAUCCCCCUCUCUCAGAUUGCAGGCGGGUUACAUCUGAUUGCAUUUUCUGUUUUCAUUCCUGAGGAGGGGAGGAGGGUUAACCAUCUGAGGAGGAAGUGUUCAUUUCAUUUCCAGCAGUGCAGCGUUUUUUCGGUGUGAUGAAUGUAAAUUCAGAAGUUUGAUUUGAUCUAAACCCAAAGUUCCAGUGAAACAGGAAACUUUGUCUUAACUUCGAUUCUUCUUUGAGACGUUUUCCUUCCUUAGAGUUUCAACAGGCCCACAGACGAGGUUGCUCUACGACAUUUUCACAGGAGGAGUCUGUAGCCACACUAGAGAGAUAAAUGCACAACCUGGCUGUCAUGUUCUUGAUCUUUUAAAAUCAUAUUUUUUUUUCCAUUAUUAAAGGGAUGUUCCAGCAUAAAAUUGAUUUAGGGUCAAACACACCAUAACACCGAGGCACCCCCUUGAGAGAUGAAUGUUGCCGACCGCUUACUUCUCUAGUUAUACCAACUUUAGUAACGACCGCAGGAUAGGAAUACACAGUGGUCUAAGGAGCCACAGACAAACCUCGACCAAAAAGCCACUCUAUAGCCACAAAUAAUGCUCAGAACAGCACCUAACUUCAUCAACAGUACAUAUUGGGUCCCAGCCAUAGUACUAGCCACCAAACAUCUUUUCAACCUGAUUUCUAUAGCAAGGAGACUAAACACAACUCGCCUACUCUCUUCCAGCAGCCGCUUGUUUGUAGGAAGACCUCGGGCCAGUCCAUUAUCGACUGCUGCAGGGUGACACAGCUCAAGGAAGAACAUUUAUGAUCAUUUCUUUAUCAAGUCCUUGAAGUAAUAAUCAUCAUAUAAGUCAUUUUGCACUGCAGAUGCAGUAGUUCUUCUGCCUUAGUGUCUCGGUCUGAUUGCAUUUCCAUGAAGAAAUGAUCAUAAAUGUUCUUCCUUGAGCUGCGUCACCCUGCUGCAGUCAGUGAUGGACUAGCCUGAGGUCUCGCUAAAAACAAGCAACUGCUGGAAAAGAGUAGGUGAGUUCUGUUUAGUCUCUUUACUUAAGAAAUUAGGCAAAGCUAAAAAGGGGUUUGGUGGCUAGUGCUGUGGCUGGGACCCUGAGUUAGGUGCUGUUCUGAGCAUUAUUUGUGGCUAUAGAGUGGCGUUUUGGUUGAGGUUUGUGUGUGGCUCCUCAGACCACUGUGUAUUGUUAUCAUGCGGUCAUUACUAAAGUUGUUAUAACUAGAGAAGCAAAAGUUGGCAACAUUCAUCUCUCGAGGGGGUGUCUAACUCGGUGUUAUUGUGUGUUUGACCCAAAUUGAUUUUAUGCUUGAAUAUCCCUUUAAGUCCUUGUCAGCAGGUCAGACUAAUGCAUAUCAGUGUCUUGACUUAUGAUGAAAAUGAAUGCAAUGAAAUGUACAGUUUUAGAUGAGCUUCAUCAGUGUAGUCUAGAGAGAUGUCCUCAUCAUCAAGUUUGUAAUCAGGUCUUCAUCAUCCUGAUAUUUUGUGUCCUCAGAUGGGUUCUCAGUACGGUCAGCAGCAGAGCAUAGGUGGUUACUGUCAGCCAGGUCAGCCACCAUACUUCAGCCCGCCACAGCAGCAGCCUGCUGCCCCGAGCCAGCCUCCGUACAUGCAGCCCCGCCCACUGCCACAACAGGUACGACUCAACCUAGAAAACCCAUUCCACUUAGGCCCCUGGGUCGCAACAACAAAGAAAAGCAAAUGUGUAAAAAACAUACAAGAGAGAAAGAACGUUUUAGGACAAAAAUCAGUCAAAUGAACAGAAAAAGAUAAAGAUGUUUCAGUGUUUUGCAGUUUUAACGCUCUGACUUUGUUUUGCUCUAGGAGGUUCCACAGGAGGCAUACGGUGGGCGGGGCCAGUCUGCUGCAAUGACUCCUGGAAAGCCGAACCAUGAGGAGAUGGGUCUGAGCCAGCAGGAGCGUCCGUCCAGCCUGCCGGUGAGUUUGGACCCUGCAGAGUCAGUCAGUUUUCGAGAAAGAAAAGAAGAUUUUUUAACUGGUUGUUCGUUUGAGCUCAUCUGUAAGUGUGGAGGAGGGUUCACAUUGUUGAGCUGAUAUCUGCUCUUGCUUUGAUCUGAGACUGCGCUGCCAGAAAUGAGAUGCUGUUGCCCUAAAGAGACAAUCACAAGAUGCUUUUUCUUUCAGUAGAAUCAUGAAACUUGUAGAGGGAGAUGACUUAUCCUGGAGUUUGUGAAUCAUAUCAACUCCAGGCCCAAAACCGUGCUUCUUGACAAAAUAAGAUGAGAUGUAGACUGUGAGUUUUCUUUGUGGUUCAGAAGACUUUUAUUUUGAAAUUUCUCAUAAAAAGUCAGUUUGAGAUGAAGCAGCUGUGAAAGCAACUUCUUAUCCUUGUUCUGAUCGUAAAAAGUGAAAGCCAACAGAUGGAGCAUUGUAAUAUUAUUAAAGAAGAGCAGUUUGUUGUGUCAUGAUCCAGACUGAGGGUUUUUCAGCCCUGCGUGCUGUCUGCAGGCUCUGACUGUUGUUGUUGUUGAUAAUGACAGCGGCCUCUUUUCUCUGGAGCUGAACCUCUCAGGUGUCACUCUCUCAGCGCCUGAUUCUACCUGCUGAACUGGAAACAGGCAGAACAAGCUGUCCUCGUGAACAGUGGCUGAACUUUGAUUUAGAUUUAAACAGCUCUGCGUGUUCUUACGGGCUCUCUGAACCCUGAGAGAAGGCUGUCAGGUUGUGACCGAAUACUCCUUUAAGUGCAACCUGCAGGUAGGAGAACACAGUGAAUCAUUGUGUGGGAAAAUCAUUCAAAAGUUUUUAUUCAACAAAAUUUAUCCAAGGCAUUUUUACAAUUUUUAUUUAACAUCUGCAGCAAAUGUUUCAGCUUUUAUUAAAGGCGAACCUGCAGAUUUGUUCUAGUUGAGGACUAAAAUGGCAGGUUUUCACUUAGUCAGCAGACAGCCUUAUCUUUGUCUUUUAUCUAACCAUUACUGAUCUAGAUCUAAAUUACCUUAACAAGGUUCUUUUCAGAUGUUUUAGUGGCUGUCUGCUCAGGGCGGCUUUGACUGUAGCACACGUCCUCCAUUUUUGUAGAAAAGCAUCACUGUCUUAAUUCACGGGGAUCAAGAGUGUCAUUCAACAGUCGGGUAACGAAUCAUUAGAGUUGAAGUACAAACUGUUCCCUUCAAGUCUGAAUGAAUACUUGAAUGUGAAAGUGACAGCCCUUUUACGUGGCACAGUUCCUCAGAUGGCUGGAUUAGCUGAUAGACUGUAUUUUCAAUUCAAAUGGCUAAUUUUAUGGUUUGAUGGACUGACGGUUUGAAUUUUGAAGAUGAAGUGACAGCCCUAUGAAGCAAAAGUGGUUGUAGAUGCCAAGCUUUUGCUUCACUUAUCGGUUUUUGUAUAAAAAAAGAGAGGUGCUACCACCACAAAAUAUCUGUUAUUAGAGACAUAGGCAUUUGCGUAUCAAAUUUGUUUGCAUCGUUACAUUUUCUGUUACGUCACACGGAGUUCUGGAUUAAAGUUUAAUGUCAUGCUUUUUAACGUUACUCUCAUGACCUCCUGAUGUUUCACAGAAAACAGUCAAAGUUUCCUCUAAACAGACUCAUCAAAGCUUGAAUUCGGACAUUUUUUCAAAAAAAACGUCAUGAUGAUGUUACAUCGGUGUCCUUUAAUCAGCGAAUUGUCAUUGAAAUUUCAGUAAAAUCUGUUUAUUUUAGCUUCAUAGUCCUAUAGUUAAACUGCCAUGAAGGCUUCUUUCUGAAACAACCUUCAGUACCGUCUAACUGGGAACACUCCCUCUUCUCUCAGUCUACCCACUGUGGUUUCUCCCCCUUCUCCUCCAUCCAUCCUUCUCUCCAUCUUUACCUCUUUCUUUCUCUAUUUCCUUUCCUCUCUUAUGCAUUUCUCAUCCUCUCCUCUCUACCUCUACCUCCUCCUCCUCUUUUUCUCUUUUUCUUUCCCUCUCCGCCUCUCAGUGUUUUCAUGCCUCCGUCCAUCCUUCCUCUAUUUCUCUUUCGGAGCCUCCGUUUGAAGUCAUGGGUGCUGAUGCAGUUGCCAUGGUGACAGGCGGAGGGGAGAGGACAGGAAUGGAAAAAAAAUCAGUAGAAAUCAGCUGCACCCGAAGGCCUCACAGACUCUGUGACUUCAUGAUGUUCAGCGCAGCGUUAAGUGCUUGGAAAAACUAAUGUUGCUUGGUUUUUGGUGAAUUUCGGCAGAUUUGAGUCAUUAGCUCUGCAGUGUGAAAUUAAUAAUUCAAACAUCUAAUCGACUGAUGAACCACGAAAUGCUGCUUGUCAUCUGUGCUUGUUUACAUCUAGGUAGUAGAGCAUCUAUGUAUUAUGGCAGCUGACAUGAACCAGAUGUAAAUUACUGGCUCGUGUAAGUGGUUUUACUGCAGCUUGGACACAACACAUGACCUGCAUUUCAGGCCUCUAAUGACAAAUCAAUCAGUAAUUCUGGUGCUGACCGGGGGCUUUUGAAGCAUUUAGUCAACUAAUUAGCUCAUCCUUAAUGGAGCUGGGUUAGCAAAUGCUUUGUUAUAAAGCUAUACAAACAGUUUAUAAGAAUGAAUUAUUAACUAUUCAGUGAAACGUUAUCAGGUGUGGCUGUUUCAGAGCAGGUUAACUCAGGAAAGUGGUGGACUCCACUUGUUCGCCCACAAAUCUGCAGGAAAAGGGAAUAAAAUGACAGCAGCCUGUGCGAUCAUCAUAAACAGAGAAGUAGACUAUAGAAACUCAAACUACUUCUUGUACCAGGCUGUAAAGAUGUUUAUUUCUGCUGUAAAAUUUGACAUUUUAACAAGAGGCUCUGGAGAUGUUGACUCACUUUGGGAGACUGCCUCAAGUGGAUGCCAAAGGAACUGCAGUUUUGGGACUUUAUGAUUGAAAAUGAAUACAGGUGGAGAAAAGAGGAAGAUAAGGUGUAAAAGAAAGAAGAAGGAUUGUGAAGGAGAGAGGAAAGAGAGGAGGAAGGCAUUAGGAGUUGAAUAAAGGGAACAAGGAGGAGGCGAAAAGGAGAGAAGGAGAUGAGGAGAAGAUGAAGAAGAAGGUCGAGUAGGAAAGACAAACUCCCUCUCUCUGCAGCUCACGCUUUAUAAUUAGAACAAACAGGAGUGUGUGUGUAUGUAUGUGUGAAGCAGCACGGCAUCUGAUUGGCUGAGCUGUUGGCAAGGGGUGGAAUGAAGGAGGGAAGAUGGGAUGCUGUUCUGUGAUUGGCUGGAUUGAAGCCCAGGGGCAGAUGGGAGAUUUCAGCGCAGUGCUUCUCUUCCCUUCUUUUCUGUGACUCUUCUCAUCCUUUUCUUUUCUCUUCUACUUUUCUCAUUUGUUUCUAUCAUAUCUUACCCUCUUUUUGUCCACUCUUUUACUUUACUUCUCUAUUUUGAUUUUCUCUUCCUCAUUUCCACUCUUGUGUCUCUUUCAUUUUUGCUUCUUUCUUUGUCUCUCAAAUUCCCCCACUCUCCCAUUUGCAACUUCUCUCAUUCGUUACUUCCUUUUUCUUUCGUCUCCUUGCGCAGACAUUCAUCUCUGUGCACAGAUUCAACAUUAAAUGUAGAAGCAGGUCCAGGCGUUUUACGGAAAGUGCUCUGGUUUCAGUUUGAAGGCUGUUUGUAGUGUGAGCAGCACUGACCAAAUCGGUAUUAGCAGGCUCUGGCAUCUGCAGGAAAAGCUGUCUAGAGGAGAGCAAAAGCAGGAGGAACAGAAACCACCCUAAUGACAUCCUGCCUCCCAUCAGCAGUAAUCUGAAAACAAUUGAUUUCUACAAUAAACAGAUAUCAGUAUGAAAGUUCAGCUGACAAUCUGAUCUGUAUCAAAUACUGAGACACUAAUCUGCUCGAUGCUGAGUCACUAAGGACAACCAGCAUUCAGAUUUCCUGACUUCCAUGAAUGUAUCAGAAAUGAUGGAUCUGAACAACAGUCAACAAACUUUAAAAGUUGUUUCCUUCUCCUCUAGAGACCUGACAAUGGGGCAUGAUGUUCAUUUAACAGCUCUAGAUCUGGUAAUUAAAAGUGUCUAUGCAACUAUUUACAAUGAAACAGAGACUUUCCACCAAUAAAAUAACAGAGGGCUGCCUCUGAAAAACCUCAUAUUUACAAUAAAACUGAGACUUAAGACCUGAGACUGAGACCUGGAUCAGGAGAACAGUAGCCCAGCAUGAAACCUCUGAUAAACUUACUUUAAACAGAAAAAUUAAGACUCACCAGAAAUAAAUUAGUAAGGCAGAACUCAGUUUAACUUGCUACUGACAGCGAAACUGAGACUCAACACAAAUAAAGUCGUAAGCUUGAGUAAAGCUUCUGCUAAACCUACUAUUUGCAAUGAAACUGAGACUCAAAUAACAGUAAGCUCAGGAUGAAUCCACAGUGAAACUAAUUACAAAUGGUAAAAUUAAGACUCAUUGUAAACAGAAGAGAAAGUUCAAUGUAAAACCUCUCUUUAAAUAACCAUGAAUAGUGAAACUGGGACUUGAGUAGAGUGGAAGAACAGUCAAACCUUCAUUUAACUUACAAUUAACAUUAAAACUAUGACUUAUCACAAAUAGAACAGUAAGUUCGAGUGAAUCCUCUGUUAAAUGCUAGGGGUGGGGAAAAAAUCGAUACAGCAUAGUAUUUUGUCUGGUAAUACAUCGUAUUGUCUCAUUUACCAAGUAUCGAUUUUUCAAACCUAUUGUUAAUAUGAAGUCAAAUCUAUAAUAAUGGAAAAAUAAAAUCAACUGUCUGUCCAGUGAGGUUGGCAGAGGUGACAUCAUAGAGCAGAAGAAAGUUAGUACAACAAAUAUAUUUAAGGUUUGUAAGAUGUGCUACAUGAAAAUAAAAUACAGCAUAAAUAAGACAAACAUAAAGGAAAGCCAAAUCAUAAACUAGCUGAACAGUUUAAAAAAAAUGUCUAAAUCGCAAUAUAUUUUAUCGCAAUACUCACUAUAUUGCAAAUUGUUAAAAAUCGCAAUAACAUUGUAUUGUGAUAACUUUGUAUUGUGGGGCUACUGGUGAUUCCCACCCCUAUUAAACUGGCUAUUAACACUAUAACUGAGACUACUAUAGAGGAACAGUGCACACAUUGUGACGCCUCUGUUGUCUUUAUUUUGACAGUAGAACUGUGACUCCAGAAACAGAUGAGCUGUAAGCCAGAAUGAAGCUUCUGUUAAACUUUGUGUUCGACAUAAAACUGAGACUGAACAGAAACAGGUGAACAGCUGCACCUCUGCAGGAUGUGAUGAGCCUAGAACAGCGUCUGUCCUCUCUGAUUGGACUGUGAUCAGUUCAGCACACAGACGGGGAAGUCUCAGCUUAAUGUCAAAGUUGGCCACAGUUCCCAGCGGCAUAAAUCCUCGAUAGUAAGCCGGUUCAGGUUUCCCUUUCAACUCUCCUUCUGUCUGCAGGUCCCUUUUUGCUUCUAGAAAUCCUAAUUUAGGAAACAGACUAUUACAGUCAGUUUAUACAGAGAGAAGUUUUAUAAGGAUGCAAGAGUUAUGAAUGUUAAAUAAUUCACUUCAUCAUUUAGCUUUAGAUUCCAUAUAGUUAGUAAAAACUUAACUCCCUAAUAGGUGACAUCAUUUCCUGGGAUGGGCUUAACAGGUCUGUGUUGUUUCUCAUCGGUCUGGAGUUCCUGUCGUCCUGUCAGUCAUGAGAGAAAACAGCAAAACGGAUUCAAACUUCCACACUUAGCAGCCAGCGUGUUUUCUGUUUCAGGAUCUCUCCGGCUCCAUCGAUGACCUGCCCACCGGCACGGAGGCAGCGGUGAGUUCAGGGCCGUCUGGGUCUGGCAGCGCUCAGGGAGAUCAAGGGACACCAGCCCGCUCCCCCUUCUCUCCCCACGUCUCACCUCGACUUCCCCCUCCAGCUCGUGCCGGGCCCUCCCCGUCUCCUUCGCCAUCCCCUGCUGGGUCCAGCAGCCAAUCACGAUCUGGACCUCUGUCCCCUGCCACCACUGGACCUGGUAAGUAGAUGAUGUCAGCGUUUAUUCCUCUUCUCCUGAUUUUGAUUCAUGUUUAAUCCUCUUAAACAGAGAACUUUCCUCUGUUAUCAUAAAAACCACCAAAGAUAGGGGAGUACAAAAACUCUCUCUGUUCUCCCAGGCUCUCAGCUGGCCCCUCAAGUUCCUGGUCCUGGAUCAGAUGUUGGUCCUCAUCCUUCCCAGUCUGCCAUGACUCAAGACAGAGGUACUGACCCAUCUGAAUUAUGGGUUUAAUGUCGAAUUAAUCUACCGCUAAAAACAUCUGAUCAUCACUCUAAUCCUAAUGGGCCUUCGUCUCUCUUCUCCACCUCCUCCCAGGUUUCCCUCCCUCCAUGCAGCGUAGCACCCAGGGACCCCAGUUUGGGCCCCAGCAAUCAGCACCCAUGUCCCCUCACUCCACACCCGGGGGGCCCAUGCAUCCCGGCUCCUACCAGCAGGGUGGCUCCUAUGGCCAGUUUGGACCCCCAGGUGAAUACAGGAAGUAAAAAGCAUUUCACUAAUUAAUCCAAAAUGAACCUCAAAAAGAAUUAAACCAUCCUCUUCUUUCGUAGGUAACUACCCCCGGCCCCCACACUAUGGCGGGGCCCCCACUGCCAACUACAGCAGCCCUGGCCCUGGUUCAAGCUUAGCCAACAGCCUGGGUUUGAACGCCAGCAGUCCCAUGCAUGGUCAGGGUCCAUCCACACCGGCAGGUCGCGGUCCAGGACCAGGACCCGGAAAUCGGCCUUUCCCAGCCGGAGGUAGCGCCAUGGCUCCCACUUCCCCCGGCAUGCCACAGUCUGCUGGUCAGGGCAUGGGGCCCCCGGGGCCAAAUGCCAGUCGUAAACUAUCGGAGAUGGGUCCUAAUGCUGGACUGAGUGCCAACUCCUCAUCAUCCUCGACACCCGCCACUGCCGCCCCGGGAAGGUGAGUUUAAAAGAUUCAUUUCUGUCCUUAAGCUCAAUGUCAGUUUAUUGAGUUCACACUGCAGAGGAUCUGUGACUACAGAGUUUUUCUUUGAAAGGAGUUCAUCAAAAAAAAAUGGAUGCAUCAGGACCGUACAACUUCAUUUCCAAAAAUCAUGAACAGAUUCUGACUGUUAGGAUUUAUUUACAAUCUUUAGUGACAAAAAGAACUUUUUUUUUGUUUGAAGCUGCAGAAACACUUUGGACCAAAUCUCAGUUUUUCUCACCUCUCCUCCAUCCCUCGUUCCCUCCUCCAGGCCUCCCUUUGCUCGCUCCCCUGCCGUCCACAACCAGUCCUGGUCUAGGAAUCGGCCUGCCUCCACUCCCACACCUCACCCCUCUCACCCUCACCACUACCCUCACCCCCUUCCACAACACUCACAGCAGGGAUCGUAUGCUCAGCCACAGCCCACCGUGCAGACCCCCUCAGAGCAUUAUGGGUAGGUUUAUCAGAGCCUGACAAAUACAGAACCAUGACAUGUAAAGAAGAAAAAGACUCUUUGAUUCGUCCUAAAAACUCAACGUAAAACUAAAAGGCGUCCCAGAACUUUUCCAAACUUUGACAACUUGACUUCAAUCUUCAUAAUCCACUGAUUUAAACUUAUUUUUGCUCACUGAGAGUAACAGUCGAGUGUUUGUGUCGGGCUCUGCUGCACAUAGAAAGGUUUUGGGCGGUUUUACUAACAAAACACUCGCUAUCUUGCAUGGCUUCAGAGGUUUUGCUGCUGCUGCUAAGCAUUCAUGAUAACAAAACUUUAUCUUUUCUUUGUCCACAGCUGAAUAAAGCCUCUGGGAAGUCAAAUACAUAACUGUUUUCUCAGAGUUGAACUACAGGCCUGUGUUGAUUUCAGACCACAGUGGUGUAGCAGUGCAGCAGAAGUCAAGAUCAUAAAGUAUCAUUUAUAUAAUCCCUCAUUUCUGCUGAUUAGUUUGGCUGGUUAGACGCAGAAAUAAUGACAGCGUCUAAGCAGGCAUGCACUUAAUUGAUCUGUGUCACUUUUUUCUGACACUUUGAACACGUCCGGUUACACCCAUCAUUGGUAUCAAGCAGUAAACUAGCAUUAUUACCACUUAAACGGGAUAUUAAUCUUUGUUUUCACUUUGUAUCAGUGACUUUUUAACCUCCUAAGCUAACCCUAAGCUUUCCAUCUGACCACCACUUUUGUUUCUUUUCUCCAGCAGUCGUUUUCAGCUCGUCUUUGUCUCUAACUGCACCUGGAGACCAAACUUUGUCACUCUCUUUUUCCCUCAAAAUAACCUCCUUCAGACGAGCUGCCACCCCCACCAACCAAAGCUGAUAAUAACAAAAGCAUUUCUUCUUCGGUGGUGUUUAGGCAGGGCAGCUACAUUGGUAUGCCACCAUUAGGAGGGAUGGGACUUGGAGGUCCAGGUGGUCCAGGAGGUCCAUUUGGCCAGCAACCAGGCAGCAACUCCGGGAGGAUGACACCACAGGGACCACCUUACAACCCCCCCUCCUCAGGUAGGCACAUAGAUGUAAAUGCCUGUCAGCUGAAGGAAAACUGAAAAAUUCCAGCACUGAAUGUAGUUUGUUUUUGUUGGUUUUACUUGAACAACCUCCUCAUUUUCCUCUCAGGUCCCAUGAUGAUGUCAGCUGACGGGAUGGGCGCUCACCCAGAUGCCAAGCAGAGAGUGGAGCUCAGCAAAGACGGAGUCUACCCUGUUUCUGAACCAUUCAAACCCAAGGUGUGCUUCGGCUUUCUAAUCCAUUUACAGAGGAAUUUGCACUGACGUUGCCGGUUCCUGCUGUGCUGGAUUUUGCUAGCAUGUUCUUGCAAAUGCAUGUGUGAUGAGCAACCUGAGCAAUAAAAGGAGAAAAUAUUAUGAUAGAUCCUCUGAUGACUUUAUGAUAGAUGUUGAGACAAAGUAUAGGGUGCUUUUAAAGUUUAAAAAAAUAUAUAUAUAUAAAGUUAUCACCCUCCAGUGGAGAAAUCAUGAUAAGGUGCCUUCUGGAGUAUCUUUCGGUGGAGAUAAUGAUGUUCAGUACAGGUGCUCUUCCAGAAAAGAAACUGCAAUGAAGCCCCUUUUACUAUCCUCCUCAGUGGAAAAAACACAUUUAUAUGUAGUGUGCCCAUUCAGUGGAGAAAGUGCUGUUGAACAUAUAGGGUACCUCUCCAGCAAAAAAAAAUCCAAAGCAUCGUCUUCUUGUGUCCUUGAGUGGAGAAAGCACAAUAAAGAGCCAUUUAAAAAGCUCAUCCAGUGGAGAAAACACAAUAAAGAGCCAUUUAAAAAGCUCAUUCAGUGGAGAAAACACAAUAAAGAGCCAUUUUAAAAGCUCAUCCAGUGGAGAAAACACAGUAGAUAGGACCUAGUUGUUGUCCUUCUAGCAGAGAAAACAUGGUGAGAGUCUUUUAAAGGUGUCUAAACUACAAGCCAUGGAGUGUGUUUAGAUCCCCUUAGUGGAGAAAAUCACUUGACCAUAAGUUGUGACCUUCUAGUGGAGAAAAUCAAAUGCAUUACCCUCUAGUGGAGAAAACAUGAGAAGGUUGUUUCCUUUAAAAGUUUUCUGACUGAGUGGAAAAGUCCUUUGACAGCACUACAAGCAGAGAGAACAGGAAAAGAUUCUACAAGGGUUUCCAUGUAGAGGAGAAAAUAUAAUAAAAAUCCCUGGUACUGGCUCUGGUCUGGACUCUGUUGCAUGUGCUGCAUGAAGCUGCUUUCAGAGAGUGUCUUAAAGAGGAACCAACACACCUUCUUGUUCUCACAGUCGUUGUCUUUGAGGAGAAACCCAGAGCUCGAUUUUGUAGAUGAAUGGCGUCGUCAUUUUUUUCUCAAAAGAAGCUCCUUCAGGACAGCAGGUCUUUGUCUUAACAUGAAACCCUUCCUGACAAACAGAAAGUUCUCCUCCACACACUCUCAUAUUUCCAGAAUCAGAAAACGUCAUCUGUCAGACUGAGUAGGCAACGAUCACCCUGACAUGUCACUUUUUUAGUUCAGUAAGUUUCUCUCAGCGAGGAGAUGUGACUCAAAGUUUUUCAUUUUUCUUGUAUCUUCCUCGUUGGCACUCCUCAUUUCACUCGAGUAUUGAUCAGUUUGUUUUCUUCGGAGUGGUGUUCGUUACACCUGUCAGUAUUUUAUCUAGCUGGUUGUGAAAGUGUUACAGACAACCCAAAAUAACCAGUUCCUGCCAACAGGAGCUGGAGUUUCCUCAGUCGCUGCUUCUUCUCCUGUUUGUUUUAUCUUGUUUUUCUGCGCCUGUUUAGUUCACUCUCAGCUCGGGAGCUGCAGAGUUUUGAAAUCCUCUCCUCCUUACGCUCUCCUCUGACUUGCCUCUCCUCAUUAUCCAACGGUGAGGAGUUGGCCUUGAUCAUAGAUCUGUGUAGGAUGUGGAUGUGGCGUUCAAGGUUACCUGAGACGACUUGCCUUUGUUUCACACUUUGACUCGGGUUCACUUGAUGAGAACUGGCUGCUUUGUGUCGGCAAUUUGUCGCAGAGUCACAGCAGCCCGUCUUCCUGUGUGCCGUCGCUCCACAGAGACUCUGUUGCAGCUAAUUUCUGACACCUUUUGUUUUGUGCUGAAGCAGUUUGCUCCUAGUUUGACGCUCUGCAGGUUGUUUCUCUUCAUGUCAGCUGUCAGAGGAACUUCAGAUGUGAAACAGGAGGGUGGAAACUUUUCAGCGGUGAAGCUCAGUGGGCUGUUAAAAAUCACGAUCCCACAGUUUUCCUGGAUAUGUCUGGGAGGAAAAACAGAUUUAUCAACACCAUUUUUUUCUUUCCAAUACAGAUUUAGUUAGUUUGUUAUUUUCACUGGUUUAAGAAAGAAUGAGGAAGGAGAAAUGAUGAAGAAUCUUUACCUAGAGAAGUGAAGAGGGCCCACAAAUCAAGCUUAUAUGGCGACACUCAGCUUUCAGCCUCGUGGACCUGCUCUGUCCACUUUUUAUGUAAUGGUUUAGAGAAAGAGCAAUCUCAGGACAAUUCACCCCUUGAAAUAAUUUGAGAAGAAUGAAUGGUGCAGGCAUAUUUACUGGAAAAUACAAGCAGUGUACCAAAAGGUUGACAGAUAUUAGGACAGCUCAGCUUGCUGUUUCUUUGUAAAAAAAAAAAAAAAGACCAGCUAAGCUUUAUGUUGAGUGACAGCUCAGCUCGUAGCCUCUCAGACCUGCUCAGUGAACUGUUGAAGAGAAAUAGUUUUUUCUUCAUCUGAAUGUUUUAUUUUGUAUGUAGGAUUUUUUAAACUCAGAGGAUAAUGCUGCGUUCGAGUUACUUCAGAAGUCAGAUGUCAGAGCUGAAAAUGACGUCACACCCGAGUUACCAGCACUUCAGUUACCAGGUAGGAAAAAAGCAAAAUUGGAGGCGAAAACAAGAUGGCUACAUCUACAAAAGUUAUUUUAGCGCUUGCCUUGUCCGAAUAUUACAAGGCAAGGGCUAAAAUAACUUUCAUAGAUGUAGCCAUCUUGUUCCCGCUACUGAUUUAGCUUUUUUCUGACUCGGUGACUGAAACGCUGGUAACUCGGUUGUGACGUUGCUUUCAGCUCCGACAUCUGACCUCCAAAGUGGUAACUUGAACGCAGCUUCCCCUGUAAAAUGAGCUGUGUAAAAAUCCCCAAAUCUAAGCAGAGCAUUGCUGAAUGAGCUGUGCGAACGUUGUUGGCAGCCCCUUGGACAUGCUGUGCCAGAAUUUUUGAGCGGAACAGAUUUUUGACAUGAUGCUGAUCUAUGUCAGUCACUUUGGUAGUUUGUUGGAUCAGUUAUCAAAACUAUAGCAUUAUAGGCGGUAGUUCAGCUCGCGGCCCUCCGCAGAACCAAAGUCUCCAGUAGACUGAAUAAGUUGUUGAACUGCUUUAUUUAUUUAUUUACCAAUUUAAAAAAACGUUUUUAAUUUAUUUUGCAAAGGAGACAUUUCCAUCAUGAAAAGCUCAGCCAUCGUGCGCAGUAGCUCAGCUUGUAGCCCCUCCUGAUGCGCCAUGUCUGCAGGGAAACAGACUUUUAAUGUGGAAGCACUUUAUUCAGUGUUGCUCUGAUUAAAGUUAAAAUUCUGCUGGCCCUCUUGCUGCUGGCUGCUUUGUUGUUGAACAAGCCACACUAACCCGACUGUCUUACUGCAAGCUGCUUAACCUAAUGCCUGAAGCUGCGUUUCACCUUCAGCUCCUGCCUCGUGUGUUUUCUCUGAUCCACAAACAGAGAUAUAACUGUUAUUUAUUUGUAGUUUUGAAUUCCUACCUGGUCAUCACUCUGUUGUGUGUUUGUGUGUUUUGUAUCGCAGGAUGGGUACAGCUCACAGAGUGUGUCCAAGCCCCUCACCCCGUCCCCUAUGUCCCCAAGCUCAGCUAGUCUGUCCUCCUAUCACGGGGAGGAUAGUGAUAGCAUUAGCAGUCCCGCCUGGCCCAAGACCUCAACGAGCCCUGUAAGUCCAAUAUCGGCAACUCACAUUCGCUUUUAUUAUUUUCUACGUUGUGUUGAAGUUUCAUACAUGUGUUCAUGCUGUUAUGAGUCUGGGAAAGCAGAUAAUAUCACCGUCAGCUCAGAUGAUUGCUGUCAGUCACAGAGGUUUCUGUUCCAUGUCCCUUUUUUGACAGUUUGCAAGAACCAACAGAUAUUCAGUGUCUUGCAUUUAGUUUGCAUCUUGUUUUAUGAUAGUUUUAUGCCGAAGUCAAAACAUGCUGUUUUGUUUAGACAGUAUUUGAGUAUUUGAACCUUUUUUUAAACAAAACUAUUUUUAAACCUUUAAAAGCCAUUUUCUUACAAUCCCACAGUUUGUGGGAUUUGUGGCUCACCAACACAGGCUAGCUUAAACUUUCUUCCAAGAAAUCAUUUUAGUCAGUCACUGGCAUUGUUUGAGUCCAACAUGUCGAGUCAGUGCAGGCUCUGAGAAUAGAGAAGGAAAGAGCUGAGAUCAUGUGCUUGAGCAACAGAGACCAGGUUGAUCACAAGCUGGAGUGUGAUGGGACUUCGACCUUGAUUUGUUCCCGAAUGUUCCUCUACAGUUUUGUGAUUUAUCAGUCAGACUUGUAUGUACAAAUAAACUUGAAUGUAUGACACACCAUUCAUGUAAUAAACCAUCUUCAUCCUCUUUUCUGUUAAUUAUUAUAAAAUCAAUUUUAAAGCCAGAAGCUUUAAAAUCGAUUCUGGUGGGUUUGUUCGAUGCAAAAGUCUUGAAAUGCUUCGUGGCUGGUUAAAGAUUGUGUCCAUGUUCCUUCUUUGUGCAUCUCUUUUGUUGGCAUUGUGUGUUUAUUCUCUGCUCUCAUAUGGAAAAACUCCAACUGACUCUGGUCCCUGAUGUUGUUACAGAAGCCUAGUGUGGCCACCAUGACCAACGAGAAGAUCACCCGGCUGUAUGAGAUGGGCUCCGAACCUGAGAGGAGGAUGUGGGUGGACCGGUACCUGUCCUUCAUGGAGGAGAGGGGGACACCAGUCCCUAACCUGCCUGCUGUCGGGAAGAAGCCUCUGGACCUGUGCAGACUCUACCAGGCUGUCAGGGAGAUCGGAGGUCUGGCCAUGGUGAGGAACAAGUCCAAAAGUUUUAAUAUUUUCCUGCAGUUAAAAGAUGGCACUGGCACAGGUUUGAGUGUGCAUGCAGAGAGGCCUGUCAGUAAGGAGUUGCAGUAGUCAGUGUGUGAUAUAACAAGAGCCUGUACCAGGAGAUCAGGUAGGAUCUGAUGCACUUGAGGUUAUAGAGGGUGAAUUGGCAGGACUGAUCAACUGAGACCACAAGGACCUUAAAGGCUAGAUGGCCAUCCAUCCAGACAUCCAGAUCCCAGGCAGACUUGGUGAGCAUGAGUUUAGUUGAUCCAAGCUGGAUCUUGAUCCGUGGUAGCAUGGAGGGACUGACUGGAAUGACAAGAAGCUCAGUUUUGGACAGGUUGAGCUGCAGGUGAAGUUUCUUUAUCCGCUGAGAUUUAUCAAAAGAUUGCUCUGAGAGCAGCUAUGGGGCCCUAAAGGUGGCUGUCAGAGAAAAACACACAUUAUUUGUCCUCCUUCCUCCUCCUCCUCCUUCCUCCUCCUCAGGUGAACAAGAAUAAAAAAUGGAGGGAGCUGUCGUCUCAGUUGAACGUGGGGACGUCCAGCAGCUCAGCCAGCUCUCUGAAGAAGCAGUACAUCCAGUACCUGUUCGCCUACGAGUGUAAAAUGGAGCGAGGGGAGGAGCCUCCACCUGAGGGCCCGGGGUCCACCGGAGACACCAAGAAAGCUCCGUCGCUACAGGCUAAGAUCCAGCCGCCUUCUCCAGGUGAGACAUCCUGGUGCUGUAAUGAAAGAGCGACUAAAACUCGCAAAGUUAUCAGAGAGAUAAAAACAGAAAUGUUCCAGAUUCGGUGUGUGAACGAGGCUGAGCUGAUCCCUGAGUGUGACUGUACACACACUCAGCACACACACUCACACUCAUGAUUAUGUAACAGGAGAGCCGAGUGAGUUAUCAGGCGGGGGAGGGGUGUGUGAAUGUAAACAUCAGUGACCUCAAUCUGACCUAAUUUCCCACGAUGCCUCUCUCUCUUUCUCUCCCCCUCUUUCUCUUCAAGCUUCAUUAAAUGUGUUUAUACAACACUGCCCUACAAAGACAGAACAAAGUAACUACAGGAAGACAAACAGGGACACUGUUAAAAGAGUAUUACGCUAAUCCUCAGCUGGUAUUUUUAUAUCACGUCACUCAGCUCCUCUUGGUCCGACUCUUUUUGGCUCUGAGUGUCUACAGUGUGGCGUUUCAUGAUGGCACCCUUGUUCUCAGCAGGUUUUGUGUCUGGUCUGUAUCUCUGCAGCCAAUUCGGGCUCCCUGCAGGGCCCCAACACACCUCAGUCCAGCAGCAGUUCCCUGACCGAGGCCCCCGGGGACCUGAAGCCACCAACCCCAGCCUCCACACCACACAGCCAGAUGGGCCCUCAGCCGGGAAACAGGUAGGAGAGAGAUCCAGAUCCAAAUAAGGAGGUUACUAAUGCACUAUUAUACUUUAUCAUACUGUUAAUCUGCUUUUGUUGCUUUGAAAAUGUUCAAUUUCAAGCUGAAUUUUUAAUUCUUUAAAGGAGCAGGUCGGGUGUAAAUGCCUGAUACAUUUUUGCUCCUUAUGAAUCAAGUUAUUUAAUUUUUUGAGUUGUGUUACAAAGCUGUAUGAUAUAUAGCCUCUGCACAACUUCUCUUAGACUUUUUUAUACCAAAUGAUUUAGCACAAAUAAAUAGGGGACGACCAGUAUUGGUUUUUCCAGACAACAAUUAUUAGUAUUUCAUGAGACCGAUAACAAAAAAAUGAGAAACUUUCUGUCAAAAUUAAGAAUCUGAAAUACUCUGAACUCCAACACAAAACAGCCGGCAUCAUAUCCAUAUACAUGAGUGCAGCUACACUUACAGUACAGGUCUGUCACACUGUCAGGUGAUGUCUAGCCAGUCAGAAAGUGUUGUAGGUGGGAUAUGAGCUGAGAGCAAGAAAACAAAGCCAGGGGGAAACAUAUACCCACAGCAGAGCUAGAGUAGAAACUUUUUAAUGAACUAUUUCUACUGGGCAUCGGCAAAACAAGGGGCCAAUGCAGGUAGUCAGCAAAAUGCUGUUCUAGGAUGCGAGUAUUGUUCCUGCGCUAUAUAUAAACCUAAAAAGUAGAGGACCUAGGAUUGAGCCCUGUGGCACACCACAUCCAAAAAAUCCUGAGAAGACAGUUUACCAGUAAAACAGAGUCGAUUUAACAACUGAGAUAACUUCCCGUUUACACUAGGAAUUUUCAGGAUUUAAAAGUAUACAGUAAACCACCCAUUGAGUGAAAGUUCAUAAUAACAAGAAUAUUUAGCAACUUAAUAAGAAUCAAAGAGUUUAUUUUAAGGAAAAUUAUGAAAUAGGAACUAGCCCUUAAAACGUGUUGUGCCUUUAUGGAGCACACUUGGUCUUGGUUUGUACUGGCUGGGUUAAUAUGACAGUGUAACCACACCAAGAUCUCCUACUCUAAGAUAUGGACCAGGAAACUGGAGAAGAGAGAGUCAGGAAAGAUAUAUAGUGAAGGGUUGAGGGUUGACUCUUGAUAUUUUAGCUUCACUUUCAAAUCACUGUCAUAUUGCCUGUCUUCUUGCACAGUUGAUGCUUGAUAACUUGAAACCACUUGGCUAAAAGCUGCAUACAAAUAAACAUGGAAACAGUUAUUUGCGAGUUUUUUUUCUGAUCCCUUAAUUUGCUAAAAAGAUAAGCUUUGAUAACGUUAAUCUUUCUAUCUGCUGCAAAUAAAGGCUCUGAUUUCUGAGGGCCAAACAAAGUCCUCCAAAAUGAUUCAGAAUCAUCAAAUGACCUGCUAAACACACAUGUAUCUUAAAAAUCUAAUACAGAGUGAACUCUGAAGGUUAUCAUUAGUCUGUAUUAAAUAUGUGGUUUUAUCCUCUGUCCUCACCUCCUGUUGGUUUAUCUCUCAGGACGGUGGGGGGAGUGAGUGUCCAGGACCCGUUCUCUGAAGGGAGCGACCCAGCCUUCCACAACAAGCGAGGUCCAGGACCCGCCGGUUCCCCGUACCAGCAGGGAGGAGGUCCAACAGACCCUUCAAUGAGAAUGCAGUAUGACGCCAAUAAAGACUCCUAUGGAGGAGCGAGGAAAGGUGAGGAGAGGAAAAGGUUACUUUGUUAAUUGAUGAGAGAAGAAGAAGAGUCUUAUUUGAAGUCAUGAUCACGUUUUGGACCGAGAGUUAAAAUUUACACAGAAUUUGAUUUACACUAUAGUCGUGAUUUGAAAAUAAGAAAAUUGGUCUGAAAGUCACAAGAAAAAGAAAUAUUUUGGAAACAGUCAUCCCUCAGUUAGAGAUGUGUUUUUUUCUAAAAUGAACUUUGAAGUUAUUAAAAGAAGAAAAUACCAAAAACUUUUAGUUCUCUAUCAAGCGGCUCAAGACCCAGAUCACUAGUGGAUUGUUUUUAGUCCACCAGAUCCAGGAUCAGAGUCGACCAAUAAUAUAGAGCCAGUUAACCAGGAUAAACCCAGCAGUUGGCUUGUCAAAAAUCAGCAUCAUAGUUCUGUGUUAAUGCACUGCUGCCCCCUGGUGGUCCGAACCCCAACUGAUUUUAUUAGCUUCUAAUAGCUGUUGUAAACUCACAUUGCACCCUCAUUUCAUCACCACUGAGCAUUUUCUACAAUCCCACAUCAGUUUUAUGAUUUUCUUCCAUGAAGAUGAUCAUAAGUAUUUACAGGAAAAAGAGCUCGUCAAAUUUGUCCCUAGAUUAAAAUAUUUCGACAUAAAAGCUACAAUGAUUGGUUUGUAUUCGCCUCUCCAGGUCCAGGGCCUAGUGAAGCUUUCGGCCCCGGUCAGAUGCCCAGUGGUGCCAUGCAGGACAUGUACCCUCGUGGGCCUCCCUCAGGGCCUCUGACAGGGAUGGGCCCCAGACCUCAGUAUCCCUACGGCCCUGGAUAUGAGCGGAGGUAAGAAACUGCACAGAUGAGCUGUGUGUCUGGGACAUUAAAGAACAAGUCUGUGCACAAAUAUUUGCUCAUUUCCCUGCAUGCAGCUGCAAAAUUAUGGGAUCAUGUAGUGCUGGGCGAUAUGGAAAAAAAUGUAUAUCACGAUAUGGAUCAUUUUAUAUCACGAUAACGAUAUAUAUCACGAUAUAGCUAUGGUAUGCUUUCAGUUCUAUGAAAAAUUUAAGUGUAUACAGCUGCACUAGUACAGUACCAGUACAAGACCAGCACUUAAAACUAGAAAAAUGAAUAAAUAAAUACGUGGCCGAAGUGCGUUCAUGUCUGUGCUCACCCAAAGUUAUGCAACACUCACAGAAAACGCCGAUAGUGUGAGCCAAAGCACUCCAUAGUAAUAAUAAUAAUAAUAAUAAAUUUAAUUUGUAAUGCACUUUACAUUUACAAAAAAUCUCAAAGUGCUACAGUACACAGUAAAAAAAGAGCAGCAACAAUAAAAAAGCAAUAGAAUGACAGUCACAGAUUGGCAUAAAAAAUAUAGAGUUGCAAUGUAAGAGGCAAGGUAGUAAAAGCAUAAAGCAUAGAGGAAAACUAACCAAAGGCUUUAUUAAAAAGGUGGGUCUUUAGGGCUCUUUUGAAGAGGUUGUUCACACUGCUAGAUGUUUCUCCUCCAAAGCUGCUCUCUGCCUCCAUCAUUGUUUACUUUACUCUUGAAGCACGUAGCGAGACCCGAGCAUGAAUCCGAGCGCUUUAUUCGCCUAUCAGGGGCAGACAGGUAAGGUGAUAUGAUUCGCCACGACUCCAGAAAUGAUUGAAAAACUACAGAAUGUCACAAAAUCACGUUUCCUCGCUGCUGGCUUGAAGGGUACAAAUGCGCAGCCGCGCUCCCAGCUGACAGGAAGUCAAACCACUGUUGUAGUUCUUUUGUGUUGCUAGCGCGGUCAAGAGUGUUGGCUCUCACUGAGAGAUGACUACAAAAAUGGACGCACCUGUUCAUCUGGUUGUUAAACACGGCUGAAAAUGAUCAUCUUUUAAUGUUGUUCCCGCUCCUGCCCACUCCCGUUGCCUUUUUCCCGUCCCGUCCCGAUCAAGGGAUUAAUUAAAAAAUGACUCCCAUCCCGUGGGAUUCCCGCGGGAAUCACGUGACCCACGGGAAUUCCCGAAAAAUGUCAUCCUCUACAGGGAAGGUCCCGGAGCAGAUGAAACAGGUGCCGGAGCGGCUGAAAUAGGUCCCGGAUCCGAUCAAAAGAGGUCCCGGAUCGCGCUCCGACUUGCUCCGGCACAAAUUAAGCACUGCUUACAAUGAUCCCCUCACGUGUGUAACCCAGGUAACCCGCAACGGCGGGAGACGCUGGACACGAAGAGGGCACGUAAAGCGGCGUCAUGUCGCAAAAUCAAAAGAGAAACGCGAGCCUACAUGUCAACGCAUCCUUUUCUUUGUAAGGAAAUAUUGUUUUCUUUCCCGUUCGACACCAAAUACACUUACUGAAUGUGCAAUUAUUGUUGUUGUUACUAUGAAUCAUCUGAUGGCACAAGCCCUAUGGAUAAAAUACAGCCUAUCGCCCGAAACGAUAAAAAUAAAAAUGGCACGAUAGACAUUUUCUAUCGUGCCCACGAUAUCUAUCGUCCUAUCGCCCAGCACUAGGAUCAUGUGUACAGUACUGUGUUAGAUGAGAAAUGUUGACUUUAUCCCUGUCUUUAGGUGAAGGUUUUAUUCUGUUUGUAAGACUUUGUACGCUAAUAUAACAGAUAUAGGAUCACAUGCGAGUUGUUGCAUGGUGACUGUUUUGUCAUGACUUCAGUGACAUCCCUGUUAUUGCUCCAGGUCCAGAAAUGGUGAAGACUGGUGCGAAGAAGUAGAAAGAUAAAUUUUGCACUGGGACAGGUUACGUAAAUUAUCAGGAGUUUAGGAAUCAAAACUUGUUUAUUGAUUAAAUCUUGACAAAAUCAACAAGUUUUUUGCUAAUUUUAGUCGUAAGGAGCAGACACACUGGCGCAUCUCUCCUUUUUUAUUUGAAGCUUUUUUUCUUGUGUUUCUACACGACGACAACAAAGCCUUCUUAAUUCUGUCAGAUUUGUCUUUUCGCUUCUUUCGUGUGUCAUUUUUGUUGAAAGAGUAAAACUAUGUUGUUUUUGUGUUGGAAUUUAUAUGAUAAGUCAGUAAAUGGCCUGAAGUUCCUCUGUGCAUUUCCUUCCUGCAGGUCAGAUCAUGUAAUGGGGUCAGAAGGAGGCAUGGCGCCCCCAGGAGGUCAGAACAGCAUGGGUCCAUCUGGAAACGAGGCCAGCAUGUACCCCUCCGGCAGAUACCCCCAACAGAGGUAAGAGCAGGGGAACAAAUAUGAAAUAUGAGUUUAAUGUUCGUCUGUAAGAGUUUGAAUCAAGAUCUUCUGCUCUCUGUCUUCAGACACGGACAUGAUGGUUAUGGGCAGCAGUAUCCUCACAGUAUGGCCUACAGUUCCCAUCAGUCCCUGUACCCUCAGCAGCAGGUGAGCACUCUGACUCUGCUUUACGUCUUUAUGGCAGAAAUUACAACAAGAACUUCAGCUUUUCUGUGAGAGAUUAAAAGAAAUUCUCAACAGCAGAUUUUGUUUAUAGAAUAAAAAAAAAAAGGAUAAAUACUCACCGUAACUUUUGAAUAUUUCUACUUUUGGAGGUAAAAAUUUCCAACAGUUUGGAAGGGUUUCUCUAUAAUUGAACAAGUCUGUUUGUGUCCCAUCAAAUCAGAAUCUCAGUUUGGUGAGUUACCAGCAAAAACUAUGUGAAUGGUGGAGGAUGUAAUAACCUAUUUUAGAAAACCCAGAUGUAUCCGGUGUGUGUGAUCAGGUCAUGUCAGUUACUAAUUACCUGUUUGUGUGUGUUUUCAGGGCUACAAGCGUCCAAUGGAGUCCCUGUAUCCUCCAGCGAAGCGUCAUGAAGGCGAGGCGUUCGGCAUGCAGACGUUUGGCUCUCAGCAGUCCGAAAUGUUUGGCCCUUACAGCGGCGGAGGUGGGGGCUAUAUGGGCCCAGAGCGGAGGCCUGUUCAAGGCCAGUACCCAUUCCCAUAUCAACGGGACCGCCAGGGGCCCCCACAGCAUGGCAUGAUGGGCUCAGGACCGCCAUCUGUGUCUGGGGGGCCCAGUGAAGGGCCACAAGCCAACAUGUGGCACCCCAGGACAGAUGUAGGUUACUCUUACAGCCGGCAGGGGCCCCCCUUCCCUGGCAUGAACCGAGGGGAUGACCAGGAGGGCCGGGCCCCCCAGGAUAGCCAGUGGCCCCCCAGUCAUCCCGGCCAACGGCAGCCACCUUACCCUCCUCACUCCUCCGCUUCCUCCCCUUCAAUGCCGCCUAUUCCUUCUAGACAGCCACCCUCAUCCUUCCAGGCCACACCCACCGUCCCUAACCAUGUGACCCGCUCCCUCAGCCCUUCCUCCUUCCCCCGGCCCAUGGCAGGCUCUCUCUCUCCAAACAGUGGCCCCUACCUACCCUCAAUGAAGAAACCAGGGCAACCAGGUGCCCCCUCUGUCCCACCCACCCAGAACCUCCACCUUAUCCAGAGGGAUGUCAGCUUCCCCACCAGCUCUGUGGAGGCCACACUCCCCAAACUCAAGACUCGACACCGACUCACUGCCAAGGACACAGGUAACAACACACACACACACACACAAACAUACACACACACACACACACACACACAUACACACAUACACAUAUACACAGCAGAUCCCACUCUCAGCUAUUAACCCUCUCUUUAAUCAUCCUGGUCAAUCAGGAACUCCAGAAGCGUGGCGAGUGAUGAUGUCACUGAAGUCGGGUCUGUUGGCGGAGUGCAGCUGGGCUCUGGACAUGAUAAACAUCCUGCUCUAUGAUGACAGCACGGUGGGCUCUUUCAGCCUCAGUCAGGUCAGAAUCCCCUUCAUCAUCUCCUCCUAAUUAGAGCGUUUACGGUAAUCUAAGAUUUAAAUAUUAAUAAUAAACAAUACAACAUAUAUUCUCCUUUUUGUGUCAUGAUGCUUCAAAUGUUUUCAAUAAGGGAUAAGUCAGGGCUGCAGGCAGACCAGUUUUAUCAGCAGGACUCUUCUACUACAGAGCCAUGCUGUGCCAUGUGGUUUGUCAUUGUCUUCUUAAAUUUGAAGGUCUUCCCUGAGAUUUUCUUUGUCUGGAUGGCAGCAGAUGUUGCUCCUAAACCUGUAGAUAUUGUUUAAUAUUAAAGGGAUAUUCUGGUGGGAAAUUAAUUUAGGGCUAAACACAUCGUAACACCGAGUUAGACAACCCCUCGAGAGAUGAAUGUUGCCGACUGCUUGCUUCUCUAGUUAUACCAACUUUAGUAAUGACCGCACGAUAGCAAUACACAGCGGUCUCAGGAGCCAUAAACAAACUUCAACCAAAACGCCACUCUAUAGCCACAAUAAUGCUCAGAACAGCACCUAACUUCAUCAACAGUACAUAUAGGGUUCUAGCCACCAAACAUCUUUUUAGCUUUGCCUAAUUUCUUUAGCAGAGAGACUAAACACAACUCACCUACUCUCUUCUAGCAACAGCUUGUUUGUAGCAAGACCUCAGGCCAGUCCAUUAGGGACUACAGCGGGGUGAUUUCGCUCAAGGAAGAACAUUUAUGAUCAUUUCUUCAUAGAAAUGCAAUCAGACCGAGACGCUAAGGCAGAAGAACUACCGCGUCUGCAGUGCAAAAUGAUUAAUAUGAUGAUUAUUACUUCAAGGAAAUGAUAUAGUAAUGGUCUCGCUACAAACAAACAGCUGCUGGAAGAGAGUAGGUAAGUUGUGUUUGGUCUCUUUGCUAAAGAAAUUAGGCAAAGCUAAAAAAAAAUGUUUGGUGGCUAGUGCUGUGGCUGGGACCCUAUAUGUACUGUUGAUGAAGUUAGAUGCUGUUCUGGUAAGUUGGUAAAACUAGAGAAGCAAGCGGUCGGCAACAGAUGUGGAAGCUACCCAUGACAUGGACUCUGAUGAUCCCCAUACCAUCAGGGAUCCUCGCUUUAAAAUGCUCGCUAAUAAAGCCGGGUGGUCAAGUUUAAAUUUUGCAGACCUCUGGACAGUUUUGCUCUUCCCCUCAGUCCACCUUAAAUGGGCUCAGGUCCAAAGAAGUCCCUGGUGUUCCUGGAUCAUGUUUCUAUCUGGUCUCCUCUUCGCAUUGUUUAGUUUGAACCUCAUUAGUGGAUGCAGUGAUGAACUGUGUUCACUGACGAUGGUUUUUAAAGUGAUUAUGAGCCCAUGCAGUGAUCUCCACUCCAGAGUCCUGCUUGUUUUUAAUGCAGUGCUUCCUGAGGGCCUGAAGAUCAGGAACAGCCAUUCUUGGUUUUGGUCCUUGUCCCUCUGAAUCUUUUAAUGAAUUUAUGUACUUCAGAUGAUGAAAUCCGCUGAACAAUCGCUCACAUGACCUCCUUCUCUCCUCCUGCAGCUUCCUGGUUUCCUGGAGCUUGUGGUUGAAUAUUACCGUCGCUGCCUCAUCCAGAUCUUUGGUAUCCUGGAGGAGUACGAGGUGGGAGCUGAAGGCCAGAAGACCCUGAAGGGACCAUUACCCAGACCCCUGAAGGAGGAGGUGCAAAAUGAACUGCCAGCUGCCUCCUCUGAGUCUGACAGCCAAUCAGAGCAGCAGAAGAGGUCAGAGGAAGAGGAGGUGAUGUUGCCACUGCUCUCAUUCACACCUGCUGUAAACGCAGAGGAAGAGGAGAAAAAGGAGGUGGAAGAAGCGAUAAAGGUAAAGGAGGAGCACCAGGCGCAGGAGGAACCCCGCCCCCUGCAGGCCAGCAAGUACGACAGACUACCCAUCAAGGUGGAGGAUACCGGGGAGGGGUGGGAGGAGGUGGAGGAGCGCUGGGCCGAGCUCAGCCGACCCAAUGGCUUCAUCAGCGGCCUCCUGCAUUGGAAGGCUGGAGGAGGAGACUCCACUGCUCACAUCCUGACAGGAGCGGAGGAGCAGAGGGGAGGAGAAGAGGGGAAGAGAUGGGGGAGAGCAGACGGAGGGGAUGACAGGCAGAAGGAAGCAGAAGGAGGUGCGCCAGAUGGGGAGGAGAUGACAUCUGAAACACAAGAAGGUAAGAAGAUGAGGGUGAAGAAGAAGGGAUUAUUUCUCCAUGAAAACAAAAGACAGUCUGUGACGACCUUACAUGAUAAAGUCUGUUUGUCCUCUACAGGCAGUGAAUCAGAGGUCAAAGGUCAUAGUUCACCGGUUCACAGUCCCAUCAGUCAGCUGGAGGAUGAGCCCCGAUGCUGGGACGAGGCUCCACUGUCCACCGCUGAGUCCUGGCAGGACGCCCUGUCCAAACGCUGUGUCUGCAUCUCCAACAUCGUUCGCGGCCUCUCCUUUGUCCCUGGAAAUGACGCCGACUUGUCGCGACACCCCGGCCUGGUUCUGAUUCUGGGUCGGCUGGUGCUGCUGCACCACCACCACCCCCACAGGAAACGGACGCCACCCAGCUACCAGCGGGAGGAGGAGCAGGGUCGGGCCUGCAGCCGGGACGAGUGGUGGUGGGACUGCCUGGCGAUUCUGAGGGAGAACACGCUGGUGACGCUGUCCAACAUGGCGGGCCAGCUGGACCUGUCACUUUACCCAGAGGGCAUAAUCCUGCCUGUCCUGGACGGACUGCUGCACUGGAUGGUCUGCCCGUCCGCUGAGGCCCAGGACCCGUUCUGUACGCCGGGGGGAGUUUCCUCACUCUCACCACAGAGGCUGGCGCUCGAGUGUCUUUGCAAGCUGAGCAUCCAGGACUGUAACGUGGACCUGCUGCUCGCCACGCCCCCCUUUAGCCGCCAGCAGAAGCUCUACGCUACUCUGGUGCGUCUGGUGGGGGAGAGGAAAAGCCAGGUGUGUCGGGAGAUGGCGGUGGCUGUUCUCUCCAAUCUGGCGCAGGGAGACCCCACAGCGGCGCGAGCCGUCGCCCUGCAGAAAGGCAGCGUGGGAACUCUGAUCGGCUUCCUGGAGGAUAGCGUGGCCAUGGCUCAGUACCAGCAGAGUUCACACAGUCUGCUACACGCCAACGCCCCACCUGAGCCACCAAGCAUCAACAUGAUGUGCCGCGCAGCCAAGGCGCUGCUCGCCAUGGCGAGGGUUGAGGAGAACCGGACGGAGUUUGUUCUGUUCGAGAGCCGGCUGCUGGACAUCUCACUGUCGGCGGCGCUGAAAUCUUCAGUGGCAGCCAUUAUGUGUGAAGUACUGUUUAAAAUCGGCCGCUCGUGACACAAACACCGCCACGGAGCGUGCUCAGUGGCCUCUAAAGAAGCUCCGCCCAUGUGAUGGACUGGCCUCUAUUUUAUUUUUAUUUAAAGAACAGACUAAAAAGAUUUUAAAUACAAAUGAAUAUAUAAAGAAUAUAUAAAGCUCCUCCAUCCACAAAAUGUUUAUUUGGGAUUUUUAAAUAAUUUUAAUACAAAAAUAUUUAAUACUUGUAUUUUUAAUUUUUUUUAUUCUUUUUUCGGUUUGUUGUUUCGUUUUAACCAAAGUGUGACGCUGAGGAAGGCUCGGGUUCUGGCUCUGUGAUGUAAUUCUUUUUUUCUGCUUUAGGGGGCAGGGUUUACAAAAAUUAGGGGUGGGGCCAGAUACAAUUUGGGGGUGAGGUCUGUUUAUUUAAAGUGACUGUGUAGAUAAAUCUUUUUUUUUCUCUCAUGACAGAGAAACACUGGUGUUCUUUGUUUGGUGCAAUAUGUUUAUUUGGGCGUUUUUUUUGUUUUUUACUCUAAAUGUGAAUUAUUUGACCAUCUGCAGUUUGACCAUCUUCAGUAUUUUGCAGAACCACAGCAGUAUCAACCCUCACGUUCUGUCUUUUAGCAGCUUUUAUGUGUCAAAUCUGAUCUCAUCAUCUUCCUCCUGUAAAUAGACGAUGUACAUUUGACUCUGUGAAUCGAUGAAUCAUUUAUAAUCAGGACUCACCUGGACAUUUAAGUUUCCCUUACAGGUGAACUCUUGUUUCUGUAUUUAAGGUAAAUAUUCUCAGUUUCAAGAUGUUUUCAGGGUCUGAUCUGAGAAGGUGUGUUUGUUUUCAGAGACUGUAUGUAAAGGCGGUGAGGGGGCGGGUGGGUUGUUGAAACUGUACUCAACAUGUUGCUAACUGACACACAACUUCAAAAACAGUUAUAACAAAUGUAAAGAGAGAAAAAUGAAAAAUCUCUACAUCCAUCCA